AUGAAAUACAUUGUCGUGAGUGGUGGUGUUAUAUCCGGCAUCGGUAAGGGCGUGAUUGCUUCGUCAACAGGUCUGCUACUGCGCACGCUGGGCUUGCGCGUGACCUCGAUCAAGAUUGAUCCUUAUAUGAAUAUUGAUGCUGGUACCAUGGCUCCUACUGAGCAUGGCGAGGUGUUUGUGCUGAACGACGGUGGUGAAGUCGACCUGGACCUUGGAAACUACGAACGAUACCUGAAUGUGACGCUGACGCGCGAUAAUAAUAUCACCACAGGCAAGAUUUACCGUGAAGUCAUCGAGAAGGAGCGUCGUGGUGACUACCUGGGAACUGUUGGUGAUAUUGAGUCAGCACCUUUCGUCGAGGCGCUGCGCCAAUUCCAAUUCCGCGUUGGGAAGGAAAACUUUGCUUUAAUUCAUGUGUCGCUCAUCCCAGUGAUUGGCGGGGAACAGAAGACAAAGCCGACUCAAGCGGCAAUUCGCGACCUGCGUGGCUUGGGUCUUGUGCCUGACCUUAUCGCAGCGCGAUGUGCGGCGCCGCUGGAACGCCAUGUUAUCAACAAGUUGUCGCUCUUUUGUCAGGUGGGUCCAGACCAAGUGCUGGGCGUACACGACGUGAGCUCGACGUAUCAUGUGCCGCUCCUGAUGGAGGCGCAAGGUAUGAUCCGCUUCUUUGAGCAACGCCUGCACUUGGAUUUGAGGCGAGAUGUGCCGUCAUCCCGUGUGUCGGAUGGAAAGGAGCUGCGGAGACGCUGGAAGGAGCUUACCAUGAGCCGCGAGCGCGUCUUUGACACGGUGGAGAUUGUGCUUGUCGGCAAGUACACUGCCUUACAAGAUUCGUACCUGUCCGUGACCAAGGCACUAGAACAUGCGUCGAUGCAAUGCCAGCGCAGGCUGUUGAUCAAAUGGGUCGAGUCUGGUGAUUUGGAAUCCCACACCGAGCAUGAAGAUCCGGUCAAGUACCAUCAGGCCUGGCAGCAUCUGUGCUCGUCCCAAGGCAUCAUUGUGCCAGGUGGCUUCGGUCUCCGCGGCACAGAGGGCAUGAUUCUGGCUGUGCGCUGGGCACGCGAGAAGAAUGUGCCAUUCUUAGGUAUUUGCCUAGGAUUCCAGUUGGCUGUGGUCGAGUUUGCUCGUCACGUCUGCGGCCGCAAGCAUGCGCAUUCCGCUGAGCUUCACCCUGAAUGCAAAGACCCUGUGAUUGUGUAUAUGCCUGAGAUUAGUCGCACUCACAUGGGUGGUACGAUGCGUUUGGGUCUGCGACCAACUCUGCUUUCCGAUGCUUCUGCGUCAUGGAGCAAGAUCCGCCGGUUGUAUGGCGGCCAGUCGAUUGUCUGGGAGCGCCACCGUCAUCGUUACGAAGUGAAUCCUGAAGUUGUGGAGGCAAUCGAGGCGGGUACAUGCAGCUCAGGUGCACGCCUCUCGUUUAUUGGCAAGAAUGAGCAAGGAAAUCGCAUGCAGAUGGCGGAGCUACAGGGUCAUCCAUACUUUGUCGGCAUGCAAGCCCAUCCGGAGCUGGCGUCGCGCCCGCUGAAUCCAUCGCCGCCAUUCCUUGGUCUCGUUGCCGCGGCUGCUGGCAUUCUUGACGAGCAAAUGAAGCACCAGAUGCAUGGCUACAAGCCGCCCCACCCUAGUUCAGCGAUGGUAUUGGAGUCGCAAUCAGAUCAGCUGGCAGAACAAGCCACUGUUGCAGAAGCUGGCCAGUCAGGCACAAGCCAACAAACCAAGUAG